UUGUUUACUCAUAUUCCUUCGGAGGAAUGACGAAGCCAAUAUUGAUAAUAACGAUGACGUGUGCUACCGAGCGCUCGUCUUAAAAGCCCUGUUGAACACAGAAAUGCAAAUUAGAUUCAGUUUCAAUCUCGCCGUGUUGAUCGUCAGUUGUGAGUGGAGAGCUAUAUCAAAUAAACAAGUACCAUGAAGCUGACUACUAUCCUGUUUACUGUGACUAUAAUGGUGCUAUUGUCUGUGCCUAAUCUGGAAGCCCGUCGCAAACAUCGAAGGAAAUAUGGAAACAACAAUCUACAUGAGAACUUUGAAAUCUAUCAUCCGCAAGGAAUAACGGUAUGGUAUCCGAAACUUCGAGAAAUGAUUGGAUUUGGAGUGCAGGUGUUUCUGAAUCAGAGAUAUAGAUCGAAGCCACAUAAUUGUGAUAUUUGUCUCAAUACGACGGAAGCUCAAUAUGGAAAGUUCAUUGUUCAGGAUGACAAUGCCGUCAUACGCCCAGGCGACAAUCUACAAUACACAUUCCAAUUUCAUAUGUCCAACGGAACAAUUUUUGAAAGGAAGAGCGGAUUCUAUGUGUCAGCGAAUAGAGUGAUUCAUCAAAAACAACGUUACACGGCUACAACGUUUGGCCCGAUGACGGAAAUCGAUCAAUCCAAAAUCGCCAUGUACGAAGAAGACAUCAACAUUCUGGAAAACAUUGUGUAUGACGUGUUCCAACAUUGCAACAACGUUACCGACAUCAGCAAGAACCUGUAUCUGAACAUCAGACCGACAGCCUCAGGACUCGACUCGAAGCAAUUGUACGAAUCUACUCUGAAUGCACUGCAAAAAGUGCUUCCAAAAAUAAAUUGGGAAUCAGUGCUGGUCAAUGCUUUCUACUAUAAUGAUGGAGUCGGAUUCGAAGUGAUGACGCUGAUUGAUAAACUGAAGAUAUUGCAUCUGUCGAAAACCAUUGCCGAGAGCCCAAUAAGCGAUAUGGAUAAUAUGGACCAGUCGACAGAUGGAGAGAGCAUCGAUGAAGACUACAAUGACAUUAUGUUUCAUGAUGUCAGAGUUGCCAACGAAUGAGUAUAGAUUUUUAGGAUUAUGACUACAAUAAUGUGAACAAUAAAUGCUGAUAAUGUACGAUAAA